AUGGAUGAAGAAUACACCAGCUCCGCGGAGGCCGACCGCGAGAUGACCAGACUUUGGCGAACCUGGAGGACUGUAUUCGAGAUGCUGGCGGAUCGGGGGUACGAAGUCACAGAAGAAGAGAUUCAAAUUCCCCUAGAUGAAUUUAGACAGAAAUAUGCGGAUCCUGUGGGAUUCCCUGACCGCACCAAGAUGAAAAUCAGCGCUCGUCCCACAGCAGCCAUGCAAGCCAAAUACACACCUUUGCCCACCCCCGCCAACCCGGACCCUCAACCUGACUGUGGUACUAUCUAUGUUGAGUUCUGUGCCGAUUCCACCGGUGUCGGUACCAAGCAAGUUCGAGCCUUCAAUCACUUUGUCGACGAGAACAACUUUCACACCGGAGUCUUCAUCACUCAGACGCCAAUCUCCCCAUCUGCUGUGCGCCUCCUGAGUGGUAUCCCCGGUCGUAUCUGUGAGCAUUUCCAGGAGCAGGAUCUACUGGUCAACAUCACCCGUCACGAAUUGGUUCCCAGACACGUCCUGCUGAGCCCAGAGGAGAAGAAGAAUCUGCUCCAGCGGUAUCGAUUGAAGGAGUCGCAACUGCCUCGUAUCCAGGUCUCUGAUCCUGUUGCGAGGUACUUGGGUUUGCGGCGGGGACAGGUCGUUAAGAUCAUCCGAAGGAGUGAAACCGCCGGCCGCUAUGCCAGUUAUCGCUGGGUAAUCUAA